AUUCUUUAUUUGUUUGGUCCAUUUUUCUCUAUUAUUAUAUAUUUUUUGCCCAUUAUUCUCUAUUCUGUAAACCCCCAUCCUCACCCCCGUACAUGUAUUGACUUCAUGAUUUCUACACUCUGUCAUUGUAUAUAUAUUCGGAAUAUAAAAAUUUAAAUUCCCAUAUGUGAUCAUAUAGAUCUAUGUGUUGAUUUUCAUUCAUAAAGAGGAUUUCCCAUUUUAAAUGUAUUUGGUAAGCAUAAUCGUUAAAGGAUUAUUGACCUAGGAAACACGCUCAUACAUGACGUAGAAUUUAGUUUACAGAAAAUUUGUGUAUUUUAAAUCAGGUUAAAUCGAAAGUAGAAUGAGACAUGUGUUUUAUUACACACCUUUAGAUUAAUGGAAGUAUUUGACUGGAUAUCCUUAUAAUCAGACAUAUACUUAAAAUUGUUGCAAUCAUGUCUAAAUGUCAAGAAUGUGAAACCGAGUUUAAAACUGAACGGAAAUUGGCCAUCCACAAUUGCAGUGCUGUUGAACCAGAAAUUGAAAAAUGCAAAUGCAAUGAAUGCGGAAAAACAUUUCAAACUGGGAAAGGUUUAAAAAUUCACAUUACAAAAGUUCAUGGAAAACCAUCAUGUAAAAGAGCAUCCAAUUCUAAAACCACAGAAUCAACAAUCGAACAAGAAAUAAAAUAUGACAAACAAUUGCCUUGUCAAACAUUGGACAAGAAUCAAGACCAUGAUGACUGCAACUCGAUAAUAUCAAAAGAAAUAGUUCCCGAUAUGCAGGACGAGGCGACAUCUUCAUUAAAAUCAUCAGACAAUCAAGCAGACACAGAAAAAGCUGUAUUCAACUGCGAUCAGUGCAAAGGGUCAUUUAAAUCAAACAGAGGAUUGAAACAGCAUGUUUCAAAAUCGCAUAAAGUUUCCACGGAAAAUGCACAUGAUAGUCCAGUCUUACCAACAGAUGCAGAUAAAAGUGAUACAUGUAACGCAGGACUUGGAAAGAAGGAAAAAUCAUUAACCGAUGAAGAUGAAUUCCAGAAUGUAGAUAUUGUGGAAGCAAGCGCAAAUGAGGGUGAAGAGUCGGUUUUAGAUAAUAGUGUUCAAAACGCUGUGUUCAACUGUAAUCAGUGUGAAAAGUCAUUUAAAACAAACAGAGGACUGAAACAGCAUGUUUCAAAAUCACAUAAAGUUCCCACGAAAAAUGCACACGAUAGUCCAGUCUUACCAUUACAUGCAGAUAAAAGUGGUAACGCAGGACUUGGAAAGAAGGAAAAAUCAUUAACCAAUGAAGAUGAAUUCCAGAAUGUAGAUAUUGUGGAAGCAAGCGCGAAUGAGGUUGAAGAGUCGGUUUUAGAUAAUAGUUAUAAAGAGGAUGGAGUCAGAUGCAAUCACUGUUGGAGGUCUUUUAAUACAGAAAGAGGUUUGAAACAGCAUAUUUCAAAAUCUCAUAAGGCCUCUAUGAAAAAUGCACACAAUCAAGUGGUAGAUCCAGUAGAAAAUUGUACCGACCAUGUAGAUCAUGGGAAAAUAGAAAAAUCAUCCAUUGAGGAAGCCGAAUACUUGAAUGUUGAUACUGUGAAAAAAAAAGCAGAUGAUGAUAAAGUAACAUCCUUAAUGCUUUCCGUAGCAAGAAAUAGCACAGAUACUUCUCUUGAUCUACAAGUUAAUGAAAACGAUAUCUUCAAGUGUAAUCAGUGUGAAAGAUCAUUUAAAACCAAAAUAGGUUUGGCACAGCAUGUUUCAAAGUCACACAAGGUGUCUACGGAAAAUAUCUGCAAAGAUUCAGAGGAGGCACAUGCAAAUGAAAGUGGUAAUAUAGAACAUCGAAAGAUAGAGGUUACAUCUACAGAGGAAGAAGAACAUCGUAAUGUUGAUACUGUGAAGGGAUUGCCAAAUAAUAAUGAAAAGUCGGUUUUAUAUGAUAAUCAGUCGGAGCUCUCAUCUACAAACAUUUGUGAGUCGGCUACAAUUCUUGCCUUUGAAGAAAAUAUUAAGAACACAGACACUUCUGCUGAGUUACAAGUAGAAUCAAAAUCUCCCUAUUCCACUGAAGAAGAAGAAAGCGACGACGAUUAUGAAGAUGCUGUGCUGCCUGAAGAAGUUCUAGAAUCUAAUGAAGAAACAAAUUCUGAAUCACUAAAAGAGAUUGUUCAGCGUGAUACAAGAACAGUUACGCCGAGGACUAGGCGACUUGUAGAUAAGCUGAUAAAAGAAAAUAGCCUGACAAAAUCAAUAACUUCCGUAGCAGUAACAGAAACAAAGAAACUUGUGGACACUUUUUUUGAACAGCUCAGAGAAUUAUCACCAACAUUAAAGUGGCAGAGAUUUAAUUCAGGAUCGUAUUACGAUAAAACAAAGAACGACCAAGCUGAUGAAUUUGAUAUUAUGAUAUAUCCAGCUAAAAUACAAGUUGAAGUUAAUUUUGACUCUCCAAUUACUGGAUUUUACAAAGUUAAAUUUGAAUCGCCUAGAGUUGAUGAAAAUUUUAAAAACCUAGAAACAAAUGGCUACAUCCAUCCUGCCAAGUUCAAAGAAUAUGUGUUUGGUUUAUUCGACAAAGUAUUCCAAUCAACAGAUCAUCAUAUUUUUAGAAGAGUAACAAAGAAAGAGAGAUCGGACAACAGCAGUCCAGCAUACACUAUCAUUUAUAAAGGCAUCCCUGGAAACCCUAUAGAUAUAGAUCUAGUUCCGUGUUUCCGGGUUAAUACUUGGCCAUGCAUUGCAAGAAAAAUCGACCCGACCUGGAUACAUUCUAAACUUGGAAGUGUAGUUAACGAUGCUAUCCAAUGCCAUGACGUCGUUUCAAAGACCUGUCCAGACGAUGUUGAAGACAGAGAUCUUUUCUGGCGAUUGUCAUUUUCAUACACAGAGAAGAAACUGAUCAACUCUGCUAACAGUGUCGACAAAUUCAGCACAAAGAAAACAGUAUUCAGACUAAUUAAAUCGCUCAUUCAAGAAUUGAAAGAUAAUAAUCCAGAAAUAAUGAAAAAAUUCUGUUCAUAUCAUAUCAAGCAGUUUAUGUUUAAACAAUAUGAUGACUGGGGGGAAAUAUAUGACGUCGCAAAAAUUCUUAGAAAUGUACUACAGAAAUUGUUGGAUCAACUGUCAGUUUCUCCCCCUUUUAUAGAUAAUUAUUUUAUAGAAAAUGAUAAUGUUAUCAGAUAUGUUCCUCAGCCCGAAAUUGCUUUGGUUGUAAAAUUUCUACGAGAAAAAAUGAAAGAAUUAUGAAAUUGAUAUUUCUAUAUGCCUUGACAAGGUAAACAAAGUACAAAUGCACAUCAUAUAAAAAAAUUAAGUAGAAAAAUUCAAUAAAACCAUCUUGAAUAUACACAAAGGUAAAACAUAAGACUCAGAUCUACGUCUGGUUCCUAUCGAACUACUUUACUCUUUCGUAAUACUAUCUGACGUUACAGUAUCAAAUCGAGGUCCAUAUGUUUAUCUUCUGAUCUAUAUAGACAUCCUGUACUGUAUGAUGUUAUCAGCCAGCACGUUGUAAAUCCGGAUCAUUGUGUUGGUCUAAAACAAAUUACGGUAUAUUCAUAUUUCUUUAGCAUGUUAUUGUCCCGAAUAUUUGUCUCUAGACGUUAAACAAACAUCAAUUAAUCAACAAAUUCAAGUCAAACUUUUGUCAAUAUAUGAAAUUUGAUUUAUAGAUUAAAAAUCAAGAUCCUCCGAGAGUUUAUAAAAUGCCACACGGCAGCUAAAUCAACAGCUAAAUAUAUAUUAUCACAGCAAAGGAUAAGGUCCAAUAUUUAGUAGUCGCGAAGUCACAACUCACCAAUAUAAACUUGAUGUUAGUAUCUUUUAAUAAAGUUUAAUACAAUUUGCAAUCAUUACAUUAUUGCAAUAAGUCCUCGAAAAGUAGUCGAAAGAAUUGGAAAUAGGUCUCCGUUUAGAGGGUAUCGGAAUUUUGAUUAUUUCUUUAUUUGGCGUCAGGUUUGACUCCGAUUUUGGGGUACUACAUCUAUUUGAAACUAAAUGUCGAUGUGAGUUCCAGCAAACAUUAGUAACAACAACAAAUGUGUUUUUAUACAUGUUAUCAAUAUACUUUACUGCAUGUUUUAUCUUAUUUUUAGGUCACCUGGCCCAUAGGGCCAAGUGAGCUUUUCUCAUCACUUAACGUCCGUCGUCCGUCGUCGUCCGUUAACUGUUACAAAAAUCUUCUGCUCUGAAACUACUUGACCAAAUUUAACCAAACUUGGCCACAAUCAUCAUUGGGGUAUCUAGUUUAAAAAUGUGUCCAAUGACCCUGCCUACCAACCAAGUUGGCUGACAUGGCUAAAAAUAGAACAUACGGGUAAAAUGCAAGUUUUGUCUAUUAUUUUGAAAACCUUUAUAAAUAGAGAAAAUCUGACAGGGGCAAAAAUUUUCAGAAUGUUGAGCUCUACCAAUUGUUCAUUUAAGUCAAAACUGUCAGGGGACUUCUUAUAGGAGUUGUUGCCCUUAAAUGACAAAUUUUACCCUUUUUUUUCAUUUUUGCCUUUUAUCUUGAAAACUAUAAUAGAUACCGAGAAACUUUUAACAGCAAUAAUGAUCGGCAAGACAAGAUCUACAAAUAAGUCCCAUGAUUGAAAUCGUCCGUCGACUCUUUAUAGAGUUAUUGCCCUUUGAUGACGAGUUUUACCUUCUUUUUUUUGCGUUUUGCUUUUAAUAAUUAUAAUAGAUAAAUAGAAACUUUGAAUAACAAAAAUGAUCAGCAAGGCAAGAUCUACAAACAAGUCAAAUUUAGCCCAUAUAGUUAGUAGACUGUCACUCUUUAAAGGAGUGAUUUUUCUUAAAUGAGGAUUUUUUUUUUUACCCUUUUGUGUUUUGAGCAAAAACUAAAGAAGAUAAAUAAAACUAAACAGACAAAACGAUCAGCAAUAAAAGAUAAACAAAAAAGAGAUUUUUGUCAUGAAUUCUAUACUCAUCAACAAUGUUAGUGUAAACAAUAUUUCAUUAUGAAUUAUACGAAUUACAAGAUAAUAUAUAUUCAUAUUCACAAAUAGGAUUCAGAAACAAGCAGCAAGUGCUUAACAAUGUUAGAGAGUGUCCUUUGUUGAAUAUGCACAUAGACCUAUGUGAGCGACACAAGAGCUCUUUAGAGCCUCUAGGUAUGGGUUCUUGUUGCUAACACUAUCACCUUAGUGCAUUUUCAACUUAUUAUGCCCCCGCCGUAGCGGAGGGGGCAUUAAGUUUUACCCUUGUCCGUCUGUACGUACGUACGUACAUCCGUACGUCCCAAAAUUGGUUUCCGAUCUCUAACUUGAGUUUGCCUUAACCAAAUGUUAUGAAACUUAUACACAAUGCUUAUUACAACAAAAUACAGAUCAAGUUUGAUUUUUGGUGGCGUCACUUUAACCGUUCUAGAGUUAUGCCCCUUUAUUAAUGGAAAAAUUCCAAAAUUUUAAUUUUCCGUUCUCUAACUUAAGUUUGCCUCAACCAAAUGUUAUGAAACUUAUACACAAUGCUUAUUACGACAAAACACAGAUCAAGUUUGAAUUUUGGUGGGGUUACUUUAAACAUUUUCGAGUUAUGUCCCUUUAUAAACCAAAAAAAUGCUAAAUUUUUAGUUUCAGUUCUGUAACUUUAGUUUGCCCCAACCAAACAUUAUGAAACCUAUACACAAUACUUAUUACCACAAAACUCAGAUCUAGUACAAAUUUGGGUAGCGUCACUUUUAUUGUUUUCGAGUUAUGUCCCUUUAUAAUGUUGUAUGCAAGCGGGGGCAUCAUCUGUGUCCAUGGGGACACAUUUUCCAUUUAUUUUAUAUGCAGUUGGUUAAACUUGUAUCUAUUUGCAACAUUUGGAAACUACAAUUUUAGAACAUUUUUGAUCUCACCUAAUCACGAUUUCAAUCUUUUUAAAUCCAAUGUUAUUGUAUUGGCAAAUACAGAAGUCAAAUAUUUGACUUUAAGUUAUUAAUUUGUAUUUACAAAUUCAAUUUCAAGAUCAUGAUUUAAAAGACAACAUAGUCGAAAGAAAAAAAAGAAACAUUAGACUACAACAAACAUUAUUAUGCGUACAUUGUGUUUAUUUACUAGAUUUCUUGUUGUCCUUGUGUGGCCAAGUCAGAAUGAUAUAGAAAAUUUGUUUUAAAUUUAUGCAUUUUUGCGACAUGAUAAUCUGAGCAGCAGAUAAAGAUAAUAUAAAGUCGAAAUUAUUCAAAUAUAAAAUUAAGAAGGACGAAAACAUACAGAAAACUAACCAGAAUAAGACCGAGUCUCGGCGAGGUGUAUAUUGAAUUCAACCAACAACACUUACAUACCGGUUGUGAACUACUUUGAAUGAAGGUGGGUGGCCCAUGGUACAUACAUGCAUGAUUCCUUUGUAUAAAAUAUCUAUAAUAUUGAAAUUUGCAUUAGAUAUAUUGUAGCAUUUUGAUUGUCUAUAAUUGUUUUUGUUUUUGGUGUUUUCAGUUAGAAUUUUAAAUUGUGAUAAUAUGUUAAAGAUAUAACCGCGGAAUAGUUUUUGUAACAAUAUGCAUUAUUUUGAUUUAAUGAUAAAAAGUGGCAAUUAAACUAAAUAAAAACAUACACAUUUU